AUGGAUAGAAUCAGCGAUUUACCAGAUUCUCUGGUAACUAAAAUCCUAUCUUACCUCUCGACAAAAGAUUCCGUUAAGACAAGCGUUUUGUCGAAGGGAUGGGAAUCUGUCUGGCUUAGGGUUCCUGCACUUGACUUGAGGUAUUAUGAUUUUCCCAACGGCCAAGCCAUGGAGAGCUUCAUGGACAAAUUUCUGGAGGUUAACAAAUACUCACAACUGCAAACUUUUAUGAUACAAUCCAACCGAGUAACCGUAGGACUCGAGACUCCAAAGUGUAGCGUUUAUCUACCUUGUCUAAAGACCAUGUCUAUUGAUGACGUUUGGUUUGAUUAUGAUGAUCCUUUGACAAUGGAGAGGAUCAUCGCAGACUGUCCGGCGCUAGAAGAUCUUACGGUGAUUAUUAGCAGGAAUGAUGAAUCUUGUAAGGGAUAUUUUCUGAAGCAUCUACGCGUGAGGUCUCAGAUUCUUAAAAGAUUUUGUCUCAUGUUUUGGAAUCGUUCGGGUGGUAAGAAUCGUUCUGUUGAGAUUGAUGCUCCGAGUCUCGAGUAUAUGAGUUUUAGAGAACUUGAGGGUCAUCAGUCUGCUAAGAUUGUGGUAAAGAACUUGAGCUCAUUGGUCAUGGUCGACAUUGAUAGUAAAUUUGAAGUAUAUCCUCCAAGUCUUGUGGGACCGGAGGAUACAAGUCAGCUGAUGAGUAUCCAUGAUUUUUUCGCCGAGAUUUCUGGUGUAAGGCAUAUGAUCAUUUCUACGUCUACUGUUAAGGCUAGGUUCUCUUGCAACAAAUUACAAUUGUUGCCAAAGCUUCUUCAUAGCUGCAUAAAUCUAAAAGACCUCAUCGUGGACUUUGAUGCUGUUGACAAGGUUCCAAUGGGAAUUAAACUUAUCUAUGUGCCUCAGUGUUUGAUAAAGACUCUGGAGUGUGUUGAGAUUAACGAACUGGAAUGGAACGAGGAAUAUGGGAUGAAACUAGUGAAUUACUUUGUUGAGAAUUCAGUUAUACUCAAGAAACUUACUGUGAGGUUCAUUGACUCUCCUGUGAGCAACCAAGAGCGAGAGGUCUACAGGGAACUUCUUAACACCAUAAAGCGUUCUAUCAGAUGUCAAGUUUCCAUUUAUUGA